AGACUUCAACCGUCAAUCACAGUGAGGGACAUCCUGAUCCAGGUAGAGCUGCUGGUGGAAGAGGCACUUGCAUCCUCUCAAAAUAAGUGGAUUUAAUUAUUGCAGAUAAAACUGGUCAUCUUUUUGCGAGACAUUAUACCUUUUAGAGGCCGUAUUUCAGUGAAGUCUGCAAUGUCAGUGUCAGUUGUGACAUACGAACAGCUCAAAGCUAUGCUGGCCAAUCACAGCGUGCAGCUAUUUGAUGUCAGGAAUCCAGAUGAAUUCCAGGCUGGCCGGAUUCCUGAUUCUGUCAACAUUCCUUUGGGACAGCUUGAGGAGUCACUGAAACUCCCACCACAACAGUUUCAACAGCAGUUUGAAGUGAAAGCCCCUAGAAAGGAAGACGAUGACAUAGUUUUCCAUUGCCGAAGCGGGAAAAGGAGUUUGACUGCUCUUGAAAUCGCUCAUCGUCUGGGAUUCUCUAAGGCACGGCAUUAUGCAGGCAGAUACAUUGAUUGGGAAGAGCGUGAGAAAAAGUAACAAGACUAAUUGAGCGGCAUUUUAAAUUAACUUCAUAUCACUGCAACUGGACCAUUAAUCUGGAAACAGAAGAUAAAAUUAAAUAUUGACAGGUGAAACCGAAGAAAGUUGCUCAUUUUGCUGUUUACAUCAAUGAUAAUAUGAUAUGAAUUAUAUUGCAUUAAGGUGUGAUUAUUAAUUAAUUAGUGUAUUAGAAUCAUUAUUGAUGUAGUUGUGAUAUAUUAUAAUAAAGCGAAUAUCAGAAAAUACAUGAAGCAAAGCUAUUUCAGAUAAAUACUUGAAAAAAACACUCCUUCACAUUGAACCAGACGGAUCAAAUUAUUUCUGGACUGUAAAAACAAAUGUGAAUAUAUAUUUACAAAUCUGCUUUAUUAAAAUAUUUUUAAAAGGCUCUCGACAUUACUUAAUUAAUCACAGGACCAUUCAUUUGGAAAUGAGGACAUUUCGAAAUUCGACGGAUGAAACUGAUGAAACUGACUUUUUUUUCAUAUUUUGCUACUUACAGCUAUGUAAAUCUGAAUGACUUAGUGUAUUCGAGUUGCUUUUAAAAUAUAAUAAUGACACAUCAAUUAUUAUUAUUAUAUUAAUUAUAUUUACUUAAGCUGAUUACCAGAAAAUGGAUGGAGCAAACCUACACUCUUAAAAAUAAAGGUGCUUCAAACGGUUCUUCAAGCGAUGCCAUAGAAGAACCAUUUUUGGUUCAACAAAGAACCAUUCAGUCAAAAGUUCUUUAAAGAACCAUCUCUUCCUUACCUUUUUAUAAUCUGAAGAACCUUUCAGAUGAACCUUUUGUGAAACAGAAAGGUUCUUCAGAUGUUAAAGGUUCUUUAUAGACAAAAAGGUUCUUCUAUAGCAUCGUGAAGCACCUUUAUUUUUAAGAGUGUAUUUCAGAUAAAUACUUAAAAAAUUGCUCCUUCAGAUUGAAUCAAACGAAUCAAACUAUUGGACUGUAAAAAUGUGAUUAUAUAUGCAUAUUUACAAAUUUGCUUAAUUAAAAUAAUUUACAAAUAAUUAUCAGUACAAAUUGAUUUGGACCAUCUGGAAAUAGAAAAUUAAAUGUUGACAGUUGAAACUGAUGAAACAUGAUAUUUUCAUAUUUUUUCCACAGUGUAUUAGAGUCAUCCAUUAUUAUUAUAUUCAUCUUAAUAUAAUCUAUUUCAGAUAAAUGCUUCAAAUAAUUGUUCCUUCAUAUUAAGUUAAUUAAAAAAAUAUUUUGAAUAUGUGGUUACACAUGUGU